AGGCAUAAGGUAUGAUUGAUGAAGAUUGCAUGCCCUCCCCGCUUCUCAAUUUGGGGCCUAACAAAAAGCAAAAACACAGGAACACAGUUGGCAAGCAAUGUAGUUGCUGUGGGGUGCUGUGCUUUGCUUUGCACAUAAAUAAUAAUCAUCAUCACCACAAUCAUACUUGUUUUUUAUUCUUUACUAUAAAGCAGAAAUUCAAAGUCACACCACCUUUCUGAAACCCCAACCAACCCUUCUUUUUCCUUCCUUCUCGUUCCUCAUCCCCCCACCCAUUAACACUCUCUCUCAACAAAAAAGAGAGAAGGAAGAUUCUGAUCUGAUUCAAGAUUAAAAGUAAAGGAAGACAAUCAAUGCGAUCUCAAUAACCCAUCAUCGUCCGCCUUUGCCUUUAUCGGUUUCUGCUCAAAGCCCCGUUUGUCCGUUCUGAGUUUCUUUCUUCCUCCAUAUUUUCCCACUCACUCAGUCUUCUCUGCCUACCUACUCCCUCUUCAUACACCUCCUUUUGGACUUCUGCUUCAUUUUCCACAUACAUAAUCAUUCCAUAAGACUCAGAAAUCAGAAAGUUAGGCUCAUUUUUAGUCCCGUUUCAUACACAAGUCAAAUCCCUUUUUCAGCUUCAUGAAUCUCGCUUAGGGUAAUCUCAUUACUUUCUAGCUGAGGUUGAGGGUCUUUCGGGUGAAGAGAAAAUGGCUGCAGAAAAACCCAGUUCCAAAGGGCAAGCAUGGUUUUGCACUACAGGGUUGCCAAGUGAUGUUAUAAUCGAAGUUGAUGAUAUGACUUUCCAUCUCCACAAGUUCCCUCUGAUGUCGAAAAGUAGAAAGCUUCACGAGCUGAUAACAGAACAAGAGAAGAGCCUAGCGACAGGAAGAACCACUAGAAUCCAAACACCCUCUGAAUCCACCCAGGAACUUGACAAUGACAGUGAAGAGAAACAAGAAAUCCAAGAAGAACAAGAAAACGAAGAGGACGAGGAACAGUGUCACAUCACUCUCCCAGAUUUUCCGGGAGGCUCUGAAUCCUUUGAGACCGCCGCGAAAUUCUGUUACGGUGUAAAAAUUGAUCUCUCAGCCACCAACGUCGCCCCUCUUCGCUGCGCUGGUGAGUACUUGGAAAUGACGGAAGAGUACUCGGAAGAUAACCUCAUUUCCAAGACCGAAAGGUUUAUCUCACAGUCGGUCCUCAAAAAUAUCAAACACUCCAUCAGAACUCUGACCUCCUGCGAAGGAAUAUUGCCCGUGGCGGAAAACUUGGGGAUUGUGCAGAGAUGCAUCGAGGCCAUUGCUAGCAAAGCCGCCGCCUCAGAUCCGUCGCUGUUUGGCUGGCCGGUGAACGACGGAGCUGCCAACUACAAAGGUGGAAAUGAAGCUAACCCACGGAGGAAAUUCGGCAAUGCGACGAGAGCAGGAGCUGCGACUGUGGAUUCAUGGUUAGAUGAGCUCGGGUUAAUGAGUUUGUCAUUGUUCAGACGUUUAAUUCACGCCAUGAAAGCUUUGAAUCUGAGCGGUGAAAUUAUCGAGAGCUGUCUGAUUCACUACGCCAAGAAGUACAUCCCCGGAAUAUCACGCGCAACUCGAAAGCCAUCCUCAUCUUCCACCAGUUUGCCCACAGAGAACGAGCAGAGAGAGCUCCUGGAAACGAUUAUUUCUAAUCUCCCAAAAGAAAAGACCUUGCGAUCAGCUCCAAAUGCCACGCGACUUUUGUUUGGGUUGUUGCGAACGGCGUAUAUUUUGAAUGCUUCUGAGGCCUGCAGGUUAACAUUGGAGAAGAAAAUCGGAUCGCAAUUGGAGCAGGCGACUUUAGACGAUCUGCUCAUUCCUAGCUAUUCGUAUUUGAAUGAAACGUUAUACGAUGUGGAUUGCGUGGAAAGAAUUUUGGGGUAUUUUCUUGAAGGAAUGGAGGAGAGCUCUGCAACUGGAGUUGAAGGCGAAGAUGAAAAUAUUAGCGUCAGAUCAGCAGCGUUAAUGCUGGUUGGGAAACUGAUCGAUGGUUACUUGUCGGAAAUUGCUUCCGACGCUAAUUUGAAGCCGGAAAAAUUUUACGACCUCGCUGUUGCCCUACCGGAUCACGCCAGACUCUUUGAUGACGGCCUUUACCGUGCAGUUGAUGUUUAUCUUAAGGCGCAUCCGUGGAUUUCCGAGGCGGACAGAGAGAAGAUCUGCGGGGUUUUAGAUUGCCAGAAGCUAACUUUAGAGGCAUGCACUCACGCCGCACAGAACGAGCGGCUGCCGCUGAGGGCGGUGGUCCAGGUGCUGUUCUAUGAGCAGCUACAGCUCCGCCAUGCCAUUGCCGGAACUCUUCUCGGCGCUGAUGGGGGGACAGCAGGUGAGGCUGAAAGGCUGUCUAGUGAGGGCGCAGGAGAGGAGGACGAAGAGGAGAAUGAGACAGGGAGGGCAGUGGCGGUGGUGGGACGUCCACAGGAGGGAAGCAGCACAUGGAGAGCGGCGGUGAGGGAGAAUGAGGUGCUGCGGCUGGACAUGGAUAGCAUGAGGACGCGGGUGCACGAGCUAGAGAAGGAAUGCACCACCAUGAAGAAGGCCAUAGAGAAAAUAGACAAAAUGGGAACACGGGGACACGCGGAGAAAGGUGGUUGGCGGGCCAAGUUUGGGUGCAAAUUCAAGACCCAAGUGUGCGAUUCACAGGAGCCGACGGUGGUGGACACACGGAAGACCCGCGGCCACCGCCGUACACAGUAGUAUCCCAAUAAAUUUAAAUUAUUUUUUCAUUUAUGCCCCCUAUUUUUCCCUUUGUUUUCUUUUUUUGGUGUGAAUACAAGUAAUUCACGAGGAUGCUCUUAUUUCUUUGUCUGAAUACUGUCUUUGAAAAUGGGUGUAUUAAUUAAGAUAAACUGCAAAGAGA